UUCAAAGAAGAUUUCAACACUUGUUUUGCCCACCACGAGGUAAGUUCGCUAAUCGAACGCGAAAACAAAACCGAACGGUGUCCAAAUCUGGAAUAUGUAUCUUGAAAUUGAGCAUAUUCUCUAACGUGAUGUACGUAGUUAUAAAAUUUGAACGUUUUUGAAAAAAAAAAAAAUUCCCAAUAGCUCAUAUAUAUAUAUAUAUAUAUAUAUAUAUAUAUAUAUAUAUAUAUAUAUCACUUUGAACUUAUAAGUUGCAUGAGAUUUUAACACCAUUUCGUUUGGUGAUGUGACUUAUGGUAGAGAAUGCCUAUGCUACAAACAUCGAUGUUAUGGAUAUAUAGCGAUUCAACUCGGAACAUUACAUCAGGGAUUUAGCUUCCUAUGAGCAAACGAUUUUUCUGCGUGGGUUAUUUGUAGUGUUAUGAGGUAAGGAAACGCUGAAAUCAGUUUGUUCAUGUUUCUAUUAAUAAAUUCUACAUAAAGAAAGAAGUUCUUGUGGGGGUGUAUUUUAUGAAUGGUUAGAUAUAUUUGUCGUUGUUAUCUAACUUUAUCUAUGAUUUGCUGAAACAACAAGUCAUUAAGACAUUGAGCGAGACGUUACCUAACUUAGCAAUUGCUGAAGACUCGAAAGUCUUGAAAUAUUUAUCAAAGAGGCGAGCAGAUAUGAAAGGCAGUGUUCGGCUUCACAUCUCCUUUAUACAUUACACGCCAUUAAAAAAGUGUCUGUCUUGGAACUAUGAAAGCUCUUCAAUAGCCUUAUGAGAUAUUAUCCUUUUAGCAGUUAGCUAUUAAAACAAUAGAGCCUCGAUGAGGAGAUAGCUUGUACAAUUUAUCAUCACAUUGACAGUUGGCAUGAAAACAAUAUGAUUCCAUCUGUUAAAAAUUGUACCUGAAUAAGUCAAAUUGCACUUGGUUUGCUAAAGUUUUUCUCCUUCGUCAUGACAAGUGUUUCCCUGCAGUUAAAAUUACUCAAGAACAAACGAAAAAUAAUAAUUCGUGGUCUCUAUUAGAGCCCAUUACAAUGGCAAUGAUUAUUAUCCAGUUACUUUUCGCAAACCGAUGCUCCCAAACUGUCAUGAAUUUAAUUCAAGGAAAAAAAUACUUUUGGUAUCGUCACAAGCUUGGGAUAGCGAAAAAUUCUGAGUUCCGAUGAGGAACUGAACCUUAGGGCCUUCGGAUGCCAAACUCCGAUGUUUUAAGAGUAGUUUAACCAAGCACUAUUCCUUAAAAGAUAAGUAUAUCAACGCUACCCCUUUAAUGUAGGGCUUCUUACCUCUGCACAAUUAUACGUAUUUUCAUACAGAAAUGUCACUCGAAGGAACUUAGUGCAAGUCAGCUAGACAUGUAAUUUUGGCAAGAGGAAGCUGUUUGAUUUUUUUUUUUUUCUGUUUGUUUUUUUUGUUUUGCUUUGUUUUUUUGGUGUGUGUGUGUGGUUAAUCAAUUAUUUACCUAUUUAUUAAUUAUUAUUUAUUGAUUAUUUAGAGCUCUCUAAAGAACGCACAUGAAAUUUUACCAUUUUUUUGGCUUUCAAUGAAACUUCGUCCUGUUUUGAAAAAGGGAAGUGAGAGUUUUUGAAAUUGAUGGGCCUUCUGAUGCCACACUGAUGUUUUAAAAGUAGUUUAAUCAAGCACUGUAACCUUAAAAGAUAAGUAUAUCAACUCUGCCCUUAUAGUGUACGACUACCUUUGCACAAUUAGUUGCAUUUGCAUGCAGGAAUGUCACUCGAAGGAACUUAGUGUAAGUUAGCUAGAUGAGUAAUAUUGAAAAGAGGAAGUUGUUUGAUUUUUUUUUUCUGGCUAAUUUAUUAUUUACCUUGAGGCUUUUAAAGCUCUCUAAGGACCUCACAUGAAAUGUUUACCUUUUCUUUUGGCUCCCAAUAAAACUUCUACCUGUUUUGAAAAAGGAAAUUAAUGGAUGAAGAGUAAUGUUGGGUAUAUGGACUCAUGAUUCAAGUUUGGUAAUAUUUGUCUCCUUUUUAGUAUUACACGUAUUUGAAGAGAGAUAUUUUGCUAGAAACUCUUUAAAGAUGAUUCAGAGUAAAAUGCAUAUUGAUCUAAAGGACAAUUUCUUCUACGCAGUCAAUAGUCAGUCAUUAAGGCUACAUUUAAAAUUAUCCACCACUUUACUGACGCUGAGGCAAAUAUUGUUUUCAUUCAACUGGAUGAAUUUUACCGUAAUACUUUAUUUCAGCAAAAGAAAAUGAUGGUACCAUUAUGGUGAAAAUUGUAGCGUGCGAAAUUCAUUGGCAAUUGAAAUUCAGUGAGUGAAAAACAAUUCUGACUCGCUUUCACACGGCGGAGGACACAUACAAAUCCGUUAAAAGAUUCAUCGAUUUCAACUUAUUCCGGGUGCCAAUUCAGUUUUAUAAAAUAAUUCAAAUAGUACGCGCGCUCUGAUUGGCCAUAAAACCAUUUUACAUGAGCGUAUAAACACGGUUUUCGUUCCUCUUUCAUUAGUUAUUUUAUAAAAGAAUGUAAAAUGGUUUCCGUGUUUACAUAGCCUGGUUUCGUUGUUUCCUACGCUUAUCUCGUGUUCUCCCAACCUCCCAAACAGGAAACCAUUUUACAUUUCUUCGCUGUUGUACCAAUGAACACGAGACAUUAAUGUGUACAAACAUACAGAUCACUAAGAAAGUCAGUAUCUGAGAAACUUCGCACCUACCCCUCCCUUAACCCAACAUUAACCCUAACUUAUCAGUUGAAGGUCAUUUGUUUGGAGAGGGGUAAAUGUACAGUUUCUCAGAUACUAACAAAAAGUCAAAUCCUAACGAAUUAAAUCAGUAAAUGGGUACGUUUCCCUUGCAGAUUGAAGAAUAAGCUUUCAAGAAGCACAAGAUGAAUUUUAAAGUACAAAGUACCUUCGCCUUCAUAACGAUGGCUGUGUUAAUCUGGAAACCAGUCUACAUGAAUCAAAAUACCCCGAAUGCACCGCGAAAUGCAUGUCUACUAAAUGGAGCAAGCUUAUCAGUUCUUGUCCAUCCUCCGAUGACCACUGACUAUCGAGACCAAAACUUUAAAGGAAUUUUGGGUGACUUUUUUGGCGAAAUUAUUGAGAAAUGCUUCGUUGAACAGUGCCAAAUAUCCCCAAAAUCUUUUAAAAUAACGGUGUUUAACUCGACAGCGAGUUUUGUAGUAAGUAUGAAAGAGAAUAACUCGGAUAUUGCAUUUCCAAUCAUGCGACCUCUAAAGAUGUUUUUGACUAGUGACGACUAUAAUGGGUCACGUUUUCGUUUUGAGGAGUUCAUGAAAACCCCAUGGUAUUCUCUGAUCCUGGACGUGAAAAAUUUCAAUAGUAAAGCCAAUUCAAUCGUCUUCAAGACGCUGGGUGAGAGUGUGUGGCCUAUUGUCAUCUUCACACUUCUUAUAGCUGGCAUCUCAGGAAUAUGUGUGUGGGCUUUGGUAAGAUAUCAGUUAUUUAAUAAAUGAAUCCCUUCAGGCGGCUGGUACAUCGACUGAUAAAUCCGCAGCUGAGAUAUUGUCUGAGAGAUACCGAAUAUUUGGCCAAGAAGCAAAGCUUUGAAGGCAAAUGCGAAAUUUCGGGGACAAUCUCACAGCCGAAGAAAUCAUCAGCCGACGUAUUAGUAAACCAGAAGGCUUACAUAAAGGUUUGUUUUGCUACUUCUUUGUUCUUUUCGGAGCAGCAUUUGUGAUCAGCUUUUUAAUUUCACAGUAUAGCGAGUUCGUGAACUCUGGUGCUGGCUUUUCCCCGCUUGCUUUUGUUUCUUUUCGCUGGAAAUAAUUCCUGGACAAAUUUUGACGUAGACGGGGGUUAUUUCGUGAUAACUGUCCAGAGAUUUUGCAUCAUGUGACAUAAAUUAGCCGAUAGAAUCGCACAAAAAUUAAAGGGUGGGCUAUGAUCUAUGAUAAUUGUAGAGUUAUCAGGUUUUCUUUUUCCAGUUUAAGUAUGAAAAUUCUCUAUAUGGCUUUCUAUUACUGUGGGUGUUGAAUGUAAUCAAGGGACCUUUGGAGGCUUAAGAGUCGUGAGAGGCGAUGAUAAACCACGUGAGCUAAAGGAUCUCAAGGAUGGGUAUUAUUGUACAGAAUUCCUGACAAUUGGAAACUGAAUUUAGUUUUAGUACGUCUUCCGAGAUUUACAUCCUGUAAGGUGGAUCCUUCAAAUUAAGCGAUUUGUUUCCCUAAAUUGUUAACGUUUGGCCAAGUUUAAGACAAAACGAGAAUAAACCGCAGUUUUUAAGUUUAACUUGAAAUCUUAGACUUCCAAGUUUACAAUUAACGUAAAUCUCCCCUAGGAUGUUCAAUUUUCGUUCUUUGGAAAUGUUCUUAGCUAAUUGCAAGGGCAGAUAUCUCUUUGAUACAAAAAACCUAAGAGAAUUACCAGGACAAAAUUAUAUAAAUGGUUUUCUCUGUUUCAGGAAACUUAUUUCAAUGAAGAGGAAUUCCCCCGUUCUUUUACAAAGGGGACAUACGAGGGAUUUUGGUGGGCCUUUGUCUCCAUGACGACCGUAGGGUAAGAUUUUUACAACUUUAAAAGGGUUUUUGGAAUGGAUGGGGGUACAAAUAGAACACUAGAACUAGGUUUUUUCUCUUACGAUCUCUCGGGUGUACAGGGUAAGGUAACGCUUCAUUGUUGUAUAUUGACGAGAGUGAACUGGUUCAAGAAGAGAUGAAAACUUGCAAGUGAGAAGCCGUUGUCUCGCCCCAAUCUCCCCCUGUGCCAAUUUCUUAUCGUCAAAUUUUCGCUGAGUAAGGAAAGAGAAACAGACUGUUUGAGUUCCAGGGAGACAAGGUAUUUGCUGCUGCCUGAUAAAAAAUUAAAAAAUGAUAAUAGAUUUGUUACCAUUUUCAACACAGUCUAAAUUGAAUUAGAACGACCUUAAUUCAUUGAUCGCAUUACAGGUACGGAGACAAAACCCCAAAGUUUGUUUUGGGCCGUAUGUUUGGCGUGCUUUGGAUCUUACUUGGCUUGGUUGUCAUAGCAAUGUUCACAGCCACAGCUACAAGUGCUUUCAGUAUCGAUGUCGAUGCCUUGGCACGGGUGACAGGACAAAGAGUAAACCAAAACACAUUCUUUACUAGAAAAAUAUAUAAAUGUAACAGUCCUAUCAUUAUGACGUAAAAACCCAAUUGACCAGGUUGUAAUUAGCUUGGUCUUGCACCUGAUUCGCUGAGAGGAUGCUAGAUCGAGUUUUGAUAGUCCUAUACAAUGUUGAAGUGAUUGGUUAAAAAUAAGAAGUAAAGGUUUGCACUGCCAACGAAAUUAAUCGUGUUACUGCAACGUGACUUCAUCGUCUCGAUUGACUGUAAAUAGGAGUGAUCGUGUUAGGCCUCUUUCGAGAUUCUAUCCGCCAUGUGCCGCGACAGUGGUCGAUGGGCGAACUACUCACAAUACGAGGCACUUUCUCUCUCUGCUCUGAUUAUUUAUCAUAAUGAGCCCCUAGCAACUACAUUGUGCAGUUUUGGUCUUGUAGAUGAAAUUUUAACAGACGUGUAACGUGAUCGCAUGUACUGAGGAUCGAUCAACACGAUCGAGUCGCACCGUAUUUUAAGAUUAACUAAGAUGGAAGAUGAACCAAAUACCAAUCUUUUGCUCCCGGUGGCUUGUCGAGACAUUUAAGUGGUAAAACUGUUAUUCGUGAAGAAGUAAAAGCAGCGAGGGAGAUGAAGGUAAGUUAAGAAACGUGUGUUAUUGAUGUAUUUUCAUUUCCUUCUCAGAUUGGCGUAAUGAGUAAUACAACAGCGAGAUUAGAAGCGAAUAAACUAGGAGCCAAGGAGGUGAAAGGUGAGUCGGCAAGCUGGGUUAUUUUUGUCUUAAUAUGCAAACAAUAAGUUUAUAAAACCAUUUUCGACAAAAAUCGAGAGGGGCCUCUCUUUCAGGACAAUGCGCAGUAAUAAAAAGGGAAACGAAAACGCAAACAAACAAAAAACCUCCCAAGCUAUAGUGAGUAUCAGUUUAUCACGAGAUCCAAAGAAUACAAAUAAAAAAAAAUAUUUCAGUCUCCAAUCAAGAAGAAAAGUAACAUCCAUGGUUCAGGAAAUCCCCAACAGCACCGGCACCGUAGUAUAAAUGGUUUUUGACCAGAAGUAAAACUUACCGGAUCUUGUCGUCUGAUCGUCUAGGUGGAAGAAUUCUGAAAAUGAAAAUGACUGACGUUUUGACAACCUGAGCGAACGUCAUCAUCAGAUUCAAGUUGGAAACUGUUUGCCAUUGAAGGGCCGAUUCUGGUUCGUGAAACUAAUCGCUAGGUCAGUGAUGCUGUUGGCUGCAAUUAGCUGUACAAACCAUGAUAGCGGCAACUACUGUGAAGUUGAAUCUGAUAAUAACCCACUCAGGUUGUCGUUUACAGAACAGUGGAGCUCCGCUAACUCGGACUCAUAUGGGAAACAAUAAUAAUGGUUCAAGUUAAGGGGUUUUGAUUAAUCGGGAUUGGUGCUGAAUUUCAAUUUUCCUAUUACAGGGUGUAAUGACUAAUAGAAAGUCAUGUUUUUUCUAUUCUUACACAAUCUGCAUUCAUAUUCGCACAUUAAGUUUGUUUUAUGUGGGAGCUUUUUGAUAAGAACGUUAAGUUUGGGAAGUUUAGCUAAAUAUAACACUUUUUCAUAAAUGUUUUCAUGUUUGGUUCAAUCGCGAUCAAAUUAAGAUUGGAACACUUUGACGUUUGUUGACCGACGUUUCUAGUUAAAUUUCGAGUUAUCAGGGUGCAUUUGAGCCAAGGGAGAGUUAAAUAGCUCGGGUCACGCAACCAAGUUCAAUUAGCUGAUACUAAUUGACUUGAUAUAUUGGGUCAAAUCCUGAGGAAAUCGCAUUUUGUUCGAGUUAACGGGGUUCUACUGUACUGCUCUCUACUGGAAGAACAGAAUACAAGUGAUCACCACGAAACGAAUUCCUUUUUAGAGUUUGCAUCAAAACAAGCCUUGCUGAGUGCCCUUCGGAAAAAUGAAAUAGAAGGCAUUUUCAUGGACAAGUACAUGGCUUCCUACAUGCUCUACAAGCAGAAUGACUCAAAUUUCAAAGUAUUUAAAGACUACGAAGAGAAAAUUCCUUAUGAACUGGCAUAUCGCGAUAGCCCACUCUUCAGAGAUGCAUUUGAAAGGGAGACUUGCGCUCGUAAUCUCCUUCAGAAAAGUUUUGUGGACAGCUACCUUAUGAAGUACCUAAAGCCAGUUGCGGUAGGCAUCAUUCAUACCUCAAUAAUUUUUAUGGUGGUUUAAGGCACGCCCAAUUUGAGUGCGACAUCUAAUGCAAAGAGCAAAGGAUUCGUAUCUGAAAAUGUGAAAAGGUAUUGAUAAAAUAAGCCAACGAGCCGAUUGGCUCAACUGGCCGGACCUUAUUCCGGUUUAAAGAAGCGUGAAGUGACCACCUAGGAGUAUUGCUUCCCUUGGAUGGUAUUCUAGCCCAUCGUUACCUCUCUACAUUUCUUCAGGCCUCCCUGGCAUUUCGCCGCUACCUGCUUAUACUCCCGGAUAGAGGGGGGCACUGUGAGAACAAAGCCUGUCUUGCCUAAAAACACAACACAAUGACCCAGCCAGGUCUCGAACCCAGAUCUCUCGAACCAGAGUCUAUCGGACAGUCCGUCAGGCCAUGCACUGCAUCCACCGACGCGUCUACCGUUACUCUUGAAAUAACUGCAUAUUUGUUUUUCAGGCGUACAACGCCGAUAGCGACGCCAUUAGCCCGUUCUCUGGUGAAAAUCCUUACACUCGCAAGUUCCUGUUAAUCAUCAUGGGCGUGUUCCUUGGUCUUUUAUCCAUUGGGCUUGUGGCAGAAGUUGUGAUCAGAAUCAUCAAGAGGAGAAACAAAAAAGUGAAGAACGUUGCAGGUAUUAGCAGAAACUAGAACGAAACACUUUUUUGGUUGUUCAAUAUAAUCCCUUUUUUUGCAAGAGAAAAACGAACUUCCUCUGCAUACAUACAUAAAGGCAAAAAAAACUUAAACAUAUAUGUGACCUUUAUUUCCUCUCGAAUGAGUUCUAUAAUUUGAGAGUAGCUACAUAGAAUUAGCUAAUAUCUUCGAGACAUAAAAACGUUAACAAAAACAAAACAAUGUCAAAUAUAUAUAUAUAUAUAUAUAUAUAUGUAUAUUUGAAGGUUGAACUAAUUAAUAAGACAACUUUUCUGUGACUCUGAGUUUCCCGCUUACGCGAUCAUAUAUAUGUAUAUAUACACAUAUAUAUAUUUGAAAAAAUAUAUAUAUUUGAAAAUACAUAUUGAAUAUAUAUACCUUUUCUCUUCUCAUCUCUAGGUAUAUAUAUUCAAUAUGUAUUUUCAAAUUGCAACGUUUUUGAAAAUGGAAAUAUAUAUAUUAAAAAAUAUAUGUAUGUAAAUAAAUUAUAUGUAUGCAUGUACAUAUAUAUAUAUAUAUAUAUAUGUAUAUAUAUAUAUAUAUAUGUGUGUCUAAUAUGUAUAUGCAUAUGUAUAUAUAUGUGUAAACGUAUAUGUGUGUAUAUAUAUGUAUGUAUGUACUAUAGCUUGGUCCAUUGGUAGUGGAUCUACCCUUGUACUACCUGUGGAUCUACCUAUGGUCCAUUUUUCCUGACCGGUAGGGACUGUAGGCUCAACAGAUCUUAAUGGUUAUCCUACUUAUCACUGAGAAACAGCCUCACUUUAUGAUUCGAUGUAUUUUUAGAUACAAUGUGGUUCCAUCUGUUAGUCAAACACUAUAUGAGAAGCUGAAUUUACUCUGAAUCAUUCAAAUCCUUUCCUUUCCUUUUCCAGGUGAAAUCGACUUGAAAGAAGUGAAAGUGCAUAAUUCCAAAGGACACCUUAAAGAUAUUGAAGAUAAAGUGAGUCAACUGGUGAACGAAGUCGGUAAACUGCAAGCGCAGCUGGCGGCUAUGUCUUCUUCAGUAAACGGCACUCAGUUUGGGGGACAGCACACUCCCCACUUUUAGGAUGAAAGCAAGGAAGACUGAACUCCCACACUAUUCUCCACUCAUAAAGCGACCCUGAAAUUGAGUUUUCUUUAUGCAGUUCUGCACUUGAAGAACACUUACCGACGACCGGCAAGACCGUUCUUAUAUUUCCUUUAAGUAUGAAAUUCGUAUAGAGUGAAAAAGAUAGUUAUCGUUGGAAAUUCAACUUUACUUGGCUUAAUUACCAAUGUAGCUGUAAUCCAUCCUCGAAGAGACAUCUCUAGCUAUCCCCAUAGGACUCAGUUCUUGAUGUCCUUGGGAUAAAAGUUGCAUCACACCAUCAUCGAUGUACAGGAUGGAUACACAAGAACUUACAUUCAGAGAACAGCCCCGAAAUAAGAGGAAAAUAUUCUAUAUCGUAAAGGAGUCCAAAAGAAACCCCUCUGUAUAAAAUGAUCAUUAAGGGACCUUAUGAUCUCUUGAUUCUUUACGAAUCUUAACCCUUUAACUCUCAAGAUCUCAUUUACUGUCUGACAUACAAUUCUUAUGAUGUCAAUUCGGAGAAUUUGGUAUUGGGUCAACUGAUAAUCCCCUAAUUGAUAUUUUACUCUAUUCUAAUCACCUCUAUGCUUCAUAUUGUAUUGAUAUUGUAAGGAGAAAUUCCCUCUUGGUCACUCAUGGGAGGUAAAGGGUUAACGUUACUCUAAAUAUAUCGCAUUGGUAAUAUAUAUUAUUGUGAAUAAGAUUUUCUGUAGCUCAUUGGUAAAUAUCUAGAUCUCGAAGAUUAAAGGCAAUUUAGUCAGUUUUUAGACCAGUAAAGAAAG